CUCUCUCUCCUUUUGAAGCCUUGAUUAAGGUUUUAGCAAAGUCCAAAGGGAAAAGGGUGAGAAAAUUGAUGAGAGAGAAAAAAAAAAAAAAAAAAGUAAAAAAGUUCUUUGUGGGUUUUUGACUGGUAUUUGUUUGAAGAAUCCAGAAUAUUUGUUGAAAGUCAUAAUCUGGGGUUUUAUGGGAUUUUAGCGUUUUUGGUUUCAAAGUGGGGCUAGAUCUCGUGCAGACAAAGUGCUGAGAAGUUUCCCUGGAAUUGCUCGCAUUUGUAGAGCACUCAGGAUGACCUUAAUAGAUGUUGUGGACCUAUCUAGUGAUGACGAGCUAGAAGAGUUGGAUGUAAAAGCUGUUAAGUUAGAGCCAGAUUCCAUUGGGAGUAUGACUCAACAAAAGGCGAAUAGUAAGGUCCAACUAGCCAAGAAUCAAAUUUCCAAAACUAUAUCUACAAGACAAGAUUAUCAAGAAAAUAGGAGCUUAAAUGCUUCAAGUACCGCACAUAGUAGCUCUUGUGUAUUGGAUCAAGUGCAAUCUACAAUGGAUGACGCGAGCCUUUCUUCAACAUUAUUUGCAUCUCCAGCUCCGCUUUGUCGACACUUUUGGAAAGCUGGGAACUACGAUGAUCGUCUCGUGUCUAAAGUCGCACAUCAAAAUGGCAAAAACUAUCUACAUGUCCACCCCUUGUUCCUUCAUUCCAAUGCUACCUCACAUAAGUGGGCCUUUGGUGCCAUUGCAGAACUGCUUGACAAUGCGGUUGAUGAGAUCCAAAACGGGGCUACUUUUGUCGCUAUUGAUAAAAUCUCAAACCCAAGAGAUGGAAGUUCAGCGUUGUUAAUUAAAGAUGAUGGUGGUGGGAUGAGCCCGGAGGCGAUGCGGCGUUGUAUGAGUUUUGGAUUUACAGAUAAGAAAGCAAAAACAGCUAUUGGACGAUAUGGAAACGGCUUCAAGACUAGUACAAUGAGACUUGGUGCAGAUGUUAUUGUCUUCAGCCGCCACAUUGAUAAUAGGAUAUUCACUCAAAGCAUUGGUCUUCUCUCUUAUACAUUCUUGAGAAAAACAGGCAAAGACAGAAUAGCUGUACCUAUGGUUCAUUAUGAGUUCAAUACAGCGGCUGAGAAGUUGAAUUAUUUGCAAGGCAAGGAACAUUUCAUGUCCAAUCUAGAGACGAUAUUGAAGUGGGCUCCUUUUUCCACAGAAACAGAGCUUUUGCAGCAAUUUGAUGACAUUGGACCUCAUGGCACAAAGGUCGUCAUCUACAACUUAUGGUUUACAGAUGAUGGGAUAGAGGAGUUUGACUUUAAUACUGAUCCUAAGGAUAUUCGUAUUAGUGGGGAUGCUAAAAGUGUUGAUACACUCCCUGCUUGGAAGAAGUUAAAUGAGCAGCAUAUUGGUAACCAGUUCCGUUAUUCUUUGCGUGUUUACUUGUCUAUCUUGUACUUGCGGCUACCAGAGACUUUCAGAAUCAUUCUGCGAGGAGAAGUUGUUAAACAUCACAAUAUUGCUGAUGAUCUCAAAUAUCUAGACUACAUCCUGUAUAAACCUCAAUGUGGGGGAGGUGUCGAGGCUCAAGUUGUUACCACUAUUGGGUAUCUCAAAGAAGCUCCGCAACUCAUUAUCCAUGGCUUCAAUGUGUACCACAAAAAUCGUCUAAUACUACCAUUUUGGCAGGUUGUCAGAUUUAUAGACAAUAAGGGGAGGGGAAUUGUUGGUAUUCUGGAAGCAAAUUUUGUUGAACCAACACAUAACAAACAAGAUUUUGAGAAAACUUCCCUUUUUCAGAAACUUGAAACUCGCUUGAAGGAGAUGACAAUGGAAUAUUUCGAUCACCAUUGCGCUCUAGUUGGGUAUCAGGUAAAGACAAAACCAAAGCGACAAUCGACCUCGCUGGUUUCAAACGGUGAUGCACCUAUCAUAUUAGAUCAUAAUCCAGCUCCUAUUGGUUUUACGGAAGUGGCACUUGGGAGACCGAGAUCUGAACAAUCACUUUCUAACUCCCAAAGCAGAUAUGAACAAGGGUUACAUACGAAGAGGAAGGAACAUGGUAACUUUGACAAUGCUGUGAAGUCUAAAAGACAGGCGGUGCAAGGAGCAAAUGCAUCUGAUCAUGGGCAACUCCUGGCCAGUGAGCCUGUGAAUACUACUGGAUAUCAGCUGGAAAAUCAAGAGGCUGCGAACUUGAUGCAAAUAAACCAACAGCUACGUGCAAAAUGCUUAGAAUAUGAGAAGGGAGAGGAAGAACUCGAGCUCAAGGUGAUACAGCUGAAGGGUGAGAUAGAAGAGGUUGAAAAUGAGUACAAACGGCUGUUGGCUGAAUUAGAAGCAAUGGAAGUGACCAAAACGGAAAAGAACUUCUCAACACCUGGACAAAUUGAAAGCCAAAAAAGCCAAAUGCUUCCGUCUUUUUUGGUCAAGGGCUGGUGUAAAUAUAUGGUGAAUUAUUAAAGCUAAAACAGAUGAGAAGCAUGGGCCUAAAUGCAAUUUUCUCUGUAUACAUGAAGAGCUCACAUUGAUUUCCGGGGCAUUUUUAUUUAUGGAUUUUUUCUUAACUAUUUUGGGUAAUUUUA